AUGGAAAGAAAACCAGAAUGGCUACAAAAACAUAUAUUUGGAAACGAGCAUAUUCCAUAUGGACAGGCACUGUUUGAAGAGCUUGAACCGGAAACUCAGGAAAGAGUCAUGCAAACAAUACGCGAAGACUCAAAUACAAACUAUGACAAACUCUUUCUAGGAUAUAGGUUACCUGAGAUGGGCGACCAGAGCCAAAAGGCAAAAAGGACAUGGGAAAUUUGCAACAUACUAGAUGAACAUAAUGCAAAGAUGCAACAACUUCAAGCAGAGGGCAAUGAAGGAAAAAGAAGAGUUAAAAACUCAGUCAGGAAGAAAGUAAAGCUUGGUCGGAGUGGGUUCUAUUAUGACAUAUAA